AGUUUCUUCAGGACCUAGGUGUUCAUGUUUCCCCUGUUCUACACGUGUAUCUUCUUGGUACUAUGACUCCCUUCUGUUAGACUAGUUUCUUAUUCAGCUCCUGAAUAAAGUUUUGUUCACAAACUCUGAAAUUCUGAUAAAAGCUUAUGAUGAUGAGAUUCUUGAAUGUUCCUUCAUUAAAGACUGGCUAUGUUGUGCAUGCCCCAUGUACCUUUAAGCUACUACGAGUAGCUAUUCUGAUGACUUUGUGUUUUCCAUAUGUGCUUGGAUGUUCUGCU